AUGAAGGUUUUCAUCGUCUUCGCGGCCGUGCUGGCAAUCGUCCUGUGCGAUGACGCUGAAGUGAAUAAGAAGGACAAGCGAGGAAUCGUGGAGCUGAACAAUGGUUACGAGGAUUACUACUACGGCAAUGACUACCAGCAUGCCCAGGUUACGAACCACGUCACCGUGACGAAGAAGGUGGCCGUGCCUUAUCCGGUGGCCGUCGAGAAGCAGGUCCCGGUCGCAGUUAAAGUCCCAGUGCCAGUGCACGUGGAGAAGCAGGUUCCGGUGGUGGUCGAGAAGAAGGUUCCGAUUUACAUCGAAAAGAAGGUGCCAGUGCACGUCGACCGUCCGUACCCAGUUCCGGUGAAGGUACCAGUGAAGGUGCCCGUCUACCACAAGCAGGUCGUUGAAGUGGCCAAGCCCUACCCAGUGACCGUCGAGAAGCCAGUCCCAGUGUACGUGAAGCAGCCACACUACGUCCAGAAAACGGUUGAGACUCCGGUCUACGUGCACGAAUCGUCCGCUUACGGCAGCCCGGUUUCCUACGAGCACAAGUCUCUGUGGGGCUAA